AUGCCCAAGUUCUGUCAAGCGAAGAAUUCUGGAAGUUCAAGAUGCAUUCGUGAUUUGCCGUGUUUGGCGCUUCUUGGAUCAAGUCACUUCGUGGUUGGACAACACAUCCAUGACAUUCCUCAUAUUCGAUGCAUCUCCGAAGAGGAAGAGGAGCGGUUCUACUUCUGGCGCUUCGACAUUGCUUUGCAGACGAUCCUGUCUGCUUCCUGGAUGUUUGCGUCAGAGUCAAUGAUCGGCAAGGUAGACGCCACGUUGGCCAACCAGCCGUUGGUGAGAAGAGAGGCCAAGCUCUCGGAGUCCGACCUUGAGGAGCGCUUGAACAAUGCUCUGGAGGUAGCACAGGUGGCAGAAGCCGCCGCGGCCAGGGCCUCCGUCAUGGUUGCAGCGCAGGAUCAAAGGCUGACUGCCGCAGACGAGAAGAUCUUCGAGCUUGAGAAAGAAAAUGACGAACAGAAGAAGGAGCUUGAGGACGUCAGAGGAGAUUUCGCAAAAGUGAACUCCACCCUCGCUUCGGACGUCAAUGAAGCCCUCAACCAAACAAAUGCCACGGCUAUCAGGCUACAGGCUGAGCUAGCAGGAGUUCAGGCCCAAGAAGCCCAGUUGAAGGCCAAGGACGAGAUCUUGGAACGAGUUGUCAAGGACAUGGAGAACAAGGUCAUCGAAUUUGGGACUGAAGCCAUGCGUGCGGAGAAUGCAGCCGGGCAUGCGCAGAACGAUGCGGGGAAAGCCAAGAACUCCUCCGACCUUCUAAAGGCGAGAGAAGCGAAUCUGAAGUACGAAGUUGAUGACCUUGGUACAACGUUGGAUGAGGUUCUGAAGGAUCAGAACAUAUCCAGGAAGGCAGUGCAGAAGUUGCUUUCACGCACGCAGAACCUUGGAAAGACGAUGCUGAAGAUCAGUGGCAACUUGAAAAAGUUCGAUGGAAGCCUGAGCAAGGCAGUGAGGCAGGCGGUGGAGUCAGACAAGCUUGCCAAGAUGGCCAAAGAGGAAGCAGAUGAUGCACUGGAUGAUGUGGAGUCUGUGGGCCAGACAGUCCCGGGUUUUGGUGGAGGCUACAGUCGUACCUCCACCGUCGUGGGCGAAGAAGGCCCCCGAGGGCCACCUGGGCCGCCGGGGCCUCCGGGUGAUGCACGACCAAGAAAGGCGCCGUCUUCGCAAACGCGUGGUUCUCCGGCACCACCGGGCCCAAGCAAACAAGGAGGCGAAAGCGAGGAACCUGCCCCUGUACGGACAGUGGUCUCAAGCGUGUACGAUCCAACAACUGCAGCUGUGGCUGCAAAGCAGCAUGCAAAAGCUGCCUGGGAAGCUGUCAAGCAAAUCCAAGCCCAAAAUUCCAAAACGCGGCCGGUUUAUGAGGUAGCCUCCAUGACGGGCGAUCUGAUCCAAAUAGUGAAAGGUCCCCCCGGACCACAAGGUGCACCUGGCCAGGCUGGAGAAGCUGGUGCCAAGGGGCAGCCGGGUCCUCCCGGUUUGGCACUCCGCGCGCCUCCGAAAGAGAACUCCACUGAUUCCAACUCGUCCAACGCCACAGCAGCGUCCAAGGCAACAGAUGUUGAAGCUCCCCUCAAGAAGGCCGCGAGCCUUCCCAUGUAUUUCGCAGCCUUUGGUGCAUCGGUUGCCAUCCUGCUGAUCCUCUACAGAUCAAUCGAUGCGAUCAUCGUGACAGGCGACCUUUCUGCACGAGCAUGGAACAAAAAGAAGAAGCUAAGGGCUAGGGCCAAAGCAAAAGCCAGUGCAGAAUCGGCAGCGGCUGCAAGUGCAGCGGCAAGUGCCCCCGCCGAUCCGGAUGAAUCGUAA